AUGGGGAGGGGCAAGGAACCAGAGGUGCCGUACACAAACCCUGUGGAAGCCAAGAAGCACCGCGACGAAGCCUCGGGACACAUCAAGAACGGCAACUAUGAUCGUGGACUCAAUUCACUAGCUAAGGAUAAACUCUUCAUGGAUUUCGAUAACGCCAAAGCUCAAGCCAGGUCCAUCUUAGGACCUACGAAGGAUGCCGAGUUCCUUCAGAGCUUCGUCCGAGUCGGUAUAGGCGAUGAAGAAGAAGAAACACCCGUGCAGAAAGCCUCAAUCAGUAAGAGAGCGCCACACUCUGCUGAACUGGAGGUCGAAGAUGAGAAACAAGCUGUCAAGGAGAGAAAGGAGUCGGUCAAGCCGAAGAAGAAAUGGAAGAGAAAGCCAAAACGAGAGAGAAGGCGAAGGGAAGAGGAAUUGUACACGGACAAGGAUCGAGCUGCUGCAGUAGUGAUGGGCUCGAAGGACAUCAAGCAGUCUUUGAACUUAAAGGAUAAAGCUGAACGUAGUAGCGCUCUGCAGCUACCUGUUGAAGCUGACGCCGGCACGCUACUAGCACUCGCUAGAGCUGAGAUGAUGAGAGAACGUUACCGUACCGCUGUGUUGUUCGUCAAUAAGGCCAUUGAACUAGCUCCUGAUGAGAAAGCAGCCUACGUUGCUCGCAGCAAAUGUUACCUCCUUCUUGGUGAGCCUCGCUCAGCACUGUUAGAUGCUGAGGCAGCCCUGAAACUAGACCCUAAGGAUGCUAAAGCCCUACUUCGGAAGGCAGAAGCUCUUUACUAUUGUGGAGAGUUUGAAAUGAGUCUAGUUCACUAUCAUCGAGGAUUGAGGGCCAGGCCUGACCUGAAUGACUUCAGACUUGGAGUGCAGAAAGCUCAGGAAGCUAUUGAAAACACCAUAGGGGCAGUCAAAGUGGUGAAGAAAGCUCCGAAGAAGAGAUCAAAAUCUGCGAGGCCUGUGCUGGGACAAUUGAACUCCGACAAGAUCUAUCUUGAGAACUUGUUGAAGAAUCCUGAUUUGGCUAUUGCAGACAAAAAGAACGACGUAGUUAUGAGGCAGGCUGAAGAAGCUAUCAGAUUCUUGGAGAACCGCGAAGAGUUCUGGAGACAACAACAGACUACAACGUAA